AUGGAUACUUCAGAACUCGAGCCCUCAAAGCUUGGUACGAAAGACCACUGGGAUAACGUUUACGAAGAAGAAUUGGAGAACUUCAGUGAAAACGGUGAUGAAGGUGAAAUAUGGUUUGGUAAAAAGUCGAUGAACGAGAUGGUCAAAUGGGUUAACCAGUAUGCCCCUCCGCGUCCCGAUAUGUCAGUCCUUGAAGUUGGCAGUGGGAAUGGUGCACUAUUAUUCGCACUCGCGGAGGGACGUGGAGAAGCAUGCUAUCCAGCACGUCGACUCCUAGGAAUCGAUUAUAGUGAAGGAGCUGUCCAGCUUGCUCAGUCGGUGGCGCAAUCUCGGAAUCUUACGGCCGUUACGUUUAGAGUGUGCGAUUUCCUUCAGGAGGACCCACCGUUGCUCCCAGAUAAUCAGAAAGCUGAUGAUAACGGAGCUUGGGACCUGAUCCUGGAUAAAGGCACAUACGAUGCCAUCGCGCUGAUGGAGAAGGAUGAGAAUGGAAGGAUCCCAGUAGAAGGUUAUCCGAUGCGUAUCGCGAAGCUCUUGAAUUUAGGCGGACAUUUUUUGAUCACAUCUUGCAACUUUACCGAGGCCGAGCUACAAUCGAAGUUCAUUACCGAAGAAACAGGCCUGCAGUAUCAUUCUCGCAUAGUGCACCCAACCAUUUCAUUUGGUGGGAGCACCGGUAGUGCAUGUUCUAGUGUAGCAUUCACGAAAGCUGCAUCUCGUAAAUAA